CCAAUUCCUCAAAAUUGUUCUAUUCUUGCUUUUCUUGAAUGCUUUGUGGGUCCCCCCUUACACACUACACUAAAACCCCAAUUGCCAUUUGAAUCUCACCUAUUCAUCAUGUCAUCAAAUAUCUACUACUACUACUGCUCUUCCUUCUAUUUCUUGAUCAUCUAUUGGAACUUUCAAAAUACAUGGCUUUUCCAGAGUAUCAGAAACAAGGAGGAGGAUCAGCUGGAAGCUCUCCUCUGGUUAAUAGAGAAAGUUCAAUGUCCACAGCCUUUUCGUUCCGGCAUUUUCACUUGAACUUGCUGAUGCUCCUACUUUUAUGCAGCAAUGGUCUCUCCGCAAAUGAUCAUGAUGUUGAAGGUCAUGCUUUAAUAGAUUUGCUGAGGGCUUUGAAUGAUUCCAACAACAGAAUCAAAGAUUGGAACAUUUAUUUAGUGUCUCCCUGUUUCAGUUGGUCUCAUGUUACAUGCAGAAAUGGAAAUGUCAUAUCCCUGAGCCUAGCUUCUAACGGAUUCUCAGGAACACUUUCACCGUCGAUAACCAAAUUGAAAUUUUUGGUUAGCCUGGAUUUACAAAAUAAUGAUCUAUUUGGUGCCUUACCUGACUACCUUAGCAGCAUGUCAAAUCUACAAUAUUUGAAUCUUGCAAACAAUAGCUUCAAUGGACCUAUUCCACCAGCUUGGGGUCAGCUGAACAAUCUUAAGCAUUUGUUCAUGAGAGGAAAUCAUCUAACUGGAACUAUGCCAAAUUCACUUGUAAAAAUCUCAGGCUUAAAAGAACUGGACCUGUCCUCCAAUGAUCUGAGUGGAGGUAUCCCACUGCAGUUGUUUUCAAUACCAACAUACAAUUUUUCAGGAACUCAUCUUUCUUGUGGCAAUGGUUUUCAGCAACCCUGUGUUUCUGGUUCCUCUGUCCCAGCAGUUUCCAGCAGAAGACCAAAACUCCAGGUUAUUAUUGGUGCAAGCUGCGGUGCAUUCCUUCUCUUAGUUGGCGCUAUCGUCACAUAUCGAUGCAAUUAUAAGCAUAAACUCAAACAUGAUCAAUUUUUUGAUGUCGAAGGUGACGUUGAGCGAAACAUUUCGUUAGGCCAACUAAGAAGGUUCUCAUGGCGCGAAAUUCAGAUUGCAACGGACAAUUUCAGUGAAAGCAAUAUAAUAGGACAAGGAGGUUUUGGUAAAGUGUACAAGGGCUAUCUUUCAGAUAACACGAAAGUGGCAGUGAAAAGACUCACAGAUUACCACAAUCCUGGUGGAGAGGCAGCAUUUCUGAGGGAAGUUCAGUUGAUUAGUGUUGCAGUACAUCGGAAUCUUCUACAUUUGAUCGGGUUCUGUAUAACCUCUUCUGAGAGAAUUCUUGUUUAUCCGUUUAUGCAGAAUCUUAGCGUUGCAUAUCGGUUAAGAGAUUUAAAACCCGGAGAAAAAGCUCUGGAUUGGCCAAUGAGGAGACGAAUAGCAUUUGGCGCAGCCCAUGGUCUAGAAUACCUACACGAUCAUUGUGACCCUAAGAUCAUUCAUAGAGAUUUAAAGGCAGCAAACAUCCUCCUAGACGAUAACUUUGAGCCCGUUCUUGGAGAUUUCGGACUAGCAAAACUAGUUGAUACGAAACUGACUCAUAUUACAACUCAAGUUCGCGGGACAAUGGGCCACAUUGCCCCUGAAUACUUGACUACUGGAAAGUCGUCUGAGAAAACGGAUGUCUUCGGAUAUGGCAUCACCCUUUUAGAACUUGUAACGGGGCAACGCGCGAUUGAUUUUUCGCGGCUUGAAGAAGAGGAGGAUGUCUUACUACUGGAUCAUAUCAAGAAACUACUGAGAGAGAAAAGGCUAGGUGACAUUGUGGAUGGAAACAUGCAAACUUAUGAUCCAAAAGAAGUUGAGACAAUCCUUCAAGUUGCAUUGCUUUGCACCCAAAGUUCACCCGAGGAACGUCCAAAAAUGGCAGAAGUGAUUACUAUGCUGAAGGGUGUAGGUUUGGCUGAAAAAUGGGCAGAGUGGGAGCAACUUGAAGAAGUAAGAAAUCAACAAUUUUCGCUCAUGUCGCGACAGUUUAUGUGGGCUGAAGACUCGACGCAUGAUCAAGAAGCUAUACAAUUGUCUCAAGCAAGAUAGAAAAUGCAAGUUGUAUAUAUAACUUCUGCAAUAAUGUGCUUGUUUACUUCAAAGCUCCAGUAUAGCUUUAGCUUUGUUGCUGCUAGGAAUGUGUCAACUAGGUGUAGUUUUAUCAUAUGCUGUACUAUGGCAUUUUCCUUUGAACCAGGUAUAUAUAGAGAACUCUUACACUAA